UUACCUUUGCUCCCUUCCUAUAGAGAAGGGCUAUGAGUCAUAAUUUUGUUGGACAAAUUGAAAUCCACUUGGCAUUACCCAAACUAUCUUCCCCUUUUCUUUCUCCUCUCUUUCUUACUCUGUCUAUUCUCUUUUCUUCAUCCAUCUAAUUUGAUCUCUAUGUUUUAAUCAUGUUGAAACUAAAUUCUCCUUAAAUCUAAUGAAAAUAAAUAAUAUUCCCUAUUCUUUGUAGACAAAUUUCACAUUUCAAUUGCUUUAGCAAUUUCAUAAAAUGAUUAGAGUGUCACAUUUCCUCCAAAUACUUGUACAUUUUUCAUGUAACAAUCCUAGUCCCAUUUAUUGGUGAUUGUUCUUAGAUCUUACAUAGAUCUUUGUUGUUUUUGGUGAUCUUAUAAUGGUGUAAGAUAUUAGAAGAACAAGAUUAGGAAUCACACAUUGUUAUGAUUAUAUUAUUAAUUGUUAUAUCAUAGUACUAGAUAGAAAUUAAAGUAUAGUGUCAGAAAAUGAAGCAUGAAACACAUCAAAAUCAGAUUAUCUCAGCAAAACUUUUCAAUUCUCAAAGGUAUAUCCAUAGCCUUAUUGUGUAUUUUCUUUUCUUUGGUUCUGGUUUGGUUAUAGGAAUAUCAUUAACCUUCUAUCUAAAAGAUGUUCCAAUCACAUUAAAGAAAAAACUAUUUACUAUUCAACCAUCUCCUCCAUUAAUAGUACCACCAAAAUCACGCCCUCCACCAUCUCUUCCAAUAUUCCAUCAAGAACAAGACGUGACAAUGAAUAAUAAUAUCAAGAGGAAAAUCCCGGGUGUUGGUAGAAUAGGAUUAACCGAUUAUAUUAAGCCUCCUGAAGCAAUGCAUGAUAUGAUGGAUGAUGAGUUGAUAUGGAGAGCUUCUAUGAUUCCUAAGGCUAAGAUAUUCCCAUUUAAUCGUACCCCAAAGGUUGCGUUUAUGUUUCUAGCAAGAGGUAGUUUACCAUUAGCACCACUUUGGGAACGAUUCUUCAGAGGACAUGAAGGUCGUUACUCCAUUUAUAUUCAUUCUCAACCAUCUUUCAAAGGGGAUGCACCUGAAGAGGGACCAAUUUUUCAUGGUCGAAGAGUCCCAAGUAAGAGAGUAGAUUGGGGAGAAUUCAGCAUGGUUGACGCAGAACGAAGGUUACUAGCCAACGCAUUACUCGACAUGUCAAAUGAACGUUUUGUGCUUCUUUCGGAGGCUUGUAUUCCCUUAUAUAAUUUCACAACUAUUUACACCUACAUCAUGAACUCCACAAAAACCUUUGUGGAAUCCUAUGAUGAAUGGGGCCCCGUUGGACGGGGCCGCUAUAAUAGUCAAAUGACACCAUGGGUGACAAUCGAACAAUGGAGAAAAGGGUCUCAAUGGUUUGAGCUCGAUAGAGAGAUCGCGCUCGAUAUGAUCACCGAUCAAAAAUACUUCAAUUUAUUCAAAGAUUUUUGUAGGCCAGCAUGUUACUCUGAUGAACAUUAUUUACCAACUUUUGUCACCAUGAGAUAUUGGUGGAAAAAUGGUAAUAGAACGUUGACUUGGGUUGACUGGACAAAAGGUGGACCCCACCCUACAAAAUUUGCUAGAACUGAGGUAACAAAGGAAUUGUUACACCAAAUGAGAACUGGAAUUCAAUGUAUGUAUAACGGAGAGCCUACAAAUAUGUGUUAUCUUUUCGCAAGAAAGUUCUUACCUAGUGCAUUGGAUAGGCUUUUAAAGUUUGCUCCUAAGGUCAUGAUGUUCUGAUCAAAAUUUUAUUGUAUCGUAUUGCUUUCAUAGGGAGGGACUUGUGCCUAUAACGAAGGGUCAAGUGAUUGCAACGGAAAUAUUGACCUUUCCUCUAAUUUUUGUUUCUUAGAUAGGUAAUUUAGGCGAAGCACCGUUUUUCCUAGCAUUGUUUUUAUAAAAUUUUGUUGGAGCUAGUUUGGAUUAAAAAGAAAUAAACCAAAAAAAUUCAAUA